UUUUCUCCCUAGCCGGACUCCAUCGCCAAUCCCGGGGCGACUCCUUCCGGUCCGGCCAUCCUUCUCGCCGGACCCCGACUCCAAGAACCCCUCCGGCCGGUCUGAUCCGUCGGCAUUCGCCAUGGCACUGCCGAUCCCGUUCCCCAGUCCGCCGCCGCCGGCCACCACGAAACGACGCGGCAGUGUGCCCAGGGUCAGCACGUGUUGCUUCAACGACCCGGAGAUGAAGCGGCGGCGGCGGGUGGCGGGGUACAAGGCGUACGCGGUGACGGGGAAGGUGAAGGCCUCGCUCCGCCGGGGGCUCCGGUGGUUCAAGCGCAAGUGCUCCGGCAUCUUCCAUUUCUGACGUCCCGGCCCGUCGUCGUGCGGGUCGAUUUUUCGGAAGGUAAACGUCGUCCUAUUCUUGGACCGUGUAUGAUUGAUUGCGCAGAAUCGAUGCAUGGAUUCCAGAGGAAGGAAAGGAGAAAAGAUCGAGAGGUCGCAGAUUACACCCGUAAUCCUCCAGACUGCAUUCUGUAAAUUGUCAUGUUGCUCUUGAACGAUCAUAAAUGUCAGGGCCGGGGCUGUUAAUCCACA